AUGGUCCUAGAAGGAUUGAAGAACAGCGGAAUGAGUGACGAGACCCAGGUCAUCUUCAUGAGUGAAAACGGUCCUCCCUUCAUCAACUCCAAGACAACUCUCUACGACGCAGGCGUCUGUCUUCCGCUCCUCAUCAAGUGCCCGGGCACCGAGCCUGGUGUGAUCAACUCAAACAUAAUCUCUCACGUGGAUAUACUGCCCACGCUCCUCGACUGGGCCAAGCACCCACGACCCGAACAUCUCUCUCUCACGGGGCGCUCUCUUCUUCCCAAUUUAUGUGAAUCAAGACAGCUAGACGCCUGGGAUCGCGUAUUCAGCUCACACACCUUCCACGAAAUCGCCAAUUACUGGCCAACACGCUUCAUGCGUAAUCACCGCUUCAAAUAUCAGUGCAAUAUUGCUUGGAGACUGGAUUCCCCUUGGCCGCUGGCAUCGCCGGCUCUCUAA